GGGUCACGCCUACGCUAAAUCGACUGUAAUCCUUACUGUACACAACUGAAUCCUCUGCGGGUAAUUUUUCUUUCGUUCUUCCCGUUUUCCUGCGGCUUCAAGUUUUCUCUGAACACGCUGAGAGGGAUGGACACCUCCGGGAAAGAGAAGGAAGCCAUUCAGCUCAUGGCCGACGCUGACAAAAAAGUCAAGUCCUCCGGCUCCUUUUUGGGAGGGAUGUUUGGAGGAGGACAUCACAAAGUGGAGGAGGCGUGUGAGAUGUACUGCAGAGCUGCCAACAUGUUCAAGAUGGCCAAGAACUGGAGCGCCGCUGGAAGUGCCUUCUGCAAGGCAGCCCGCCUGCACAUGCAGCUGCAGAACAAGCACGACUGUGCCACCAGUUUCAUCGACGCGGGGAACGCUUACAAGAAGUCUGACCCCAAUGAGGCAAUCAAGUGUUUAAACGCUGCCAUCGAUAUAUACACAGACAUGGGAAGAUUUACCAUCGCUGCCAAACAUCACAUCAGUACCGCGGAGAUCUAUGAGUCUGAGCUGGUGGAUAUCGAAAAGGCUAUUGCUCAUUAUGAACAAGCAGCAGACUACUACAAAGGAGAGGAGUCAAACAGCUCCGCAAACAAAUGUCUGCUGAAAGUGGGAGCUUACUGUGCUCAGCUGGAGCAAUACCAGAAGGCCAUCGAGAUCUACGAGCAGGUGGGAGCGAGCACGAUGGACAACCCGCUGCUGAAAUACAGCGCCAAAGAGUACUUUUUCAAAGCGGCCCUGUGUCAUUUCAUCGUUGACGAGCUCAACGCCAAGAUCGCGGUUGAAAAAUAUGAGGAGAUGUUCCCUGCUUUCUCCGACUCCAGAGAAUGCAAGCUGUUGAAGAAACUCCUGGAGGCUCACGAGGAACAGAACUGCGACGCCUUCACAGAAGCGGUGAAGGAGUUCGACUCGAUCUCCCGUCUGGACCAGUGGCACACCACCCUCCUAUUGCGCAUCAAAAAGACCAUCCAGGGCGACGAAGGGGAUCUGAAAUGAAAGAAACCUCGGGGUAGGGAUGCAGCAGCACGGAGGGGACGGUUUCACGGCGCAUGCUUUCACACUCACACACACACACACUGCAGUGCUCUCUUUCACACUCUCCCCCUCCCCCCUCUGCUGUCAUCGCCCCAGGAGGGGAGUGUUCGCUGACAUUUUUCCGACUCCUUCCACGGCUUACGACAGGAAAGCACUCUUUAGUUUCUGCUACAAGCUUCUCCAAAUCCAGUGGGGAUGUAAAUGGUCUCACCCUCACCUCUGAUCGGAGGACUGCUGCCUCCCCUUUUCAGCUGAAACCCUCGCCGCGGUGGUUUCAGAGUCCAGCGCUAGCACUGACCGGAGGCUCUGCAUGUUUUCUACUCUCAGUUCUUAGGUCUUGUUUUUAUUUUCAUUUAUUUAUUUUUAAACCCAGUUCAGCGUGUAAACCUGUUGUGACCAUUUUGAAGAAUCCUUCGUUACGUGGCGUUAGUCGGACCAGACGACGACCCAAUCCACGCUCUCGGCACUGAAACGCUUCUUUUCGUUUUCCACCACACGGAGUGACUUCUCUCGAAACCCGGCAACGACCCGCACAAGUGUUGACUGUUAUAUAUUUGUAUCUGAACAAAUGCAAUCAUGAUUUUAUUACUUUUAUUAAACCUCUAGGACGUGUUUGCCGUAACAAGACUCUGUUCGCACCUGUAAGAUGUAUAGUUUAAAUGUAAAAAGCAUUCCUUACUUUUAAAGUAAAGAGCACUGACGCGAGGCCCCUUAUUGCUUAUUUCCAGAGCAGUAAUCUUGGGUUCUGUACGCUGUAAAAGUCACUUGAAUAUGUUUUUAUUUAUUUUUGAUGGGGGGGUGUGGUUUCACCUUUCAUACAGCCAGUUGCUUAGCAUGUCAUCGUGUUGUGCGCAUUCACUAGCGAUAGCAUCACCGCAGUUUUUACAAAGGGAACCAGAAACUCUGCACCCACCUUCUUCCAUGUGGAACGACGAUAGGCUGUGGAAAUGAAAUGUAUGCCUGUUUAAAUUAAGAUUAAUAAACAUAAUACGUUCAAUA